AAAAAAAAAAGGUUUUUGAAAUUGAAAGAAACAUGGCUUCACUCAUUCCCCUCUCUCACCCUUCUCCCAAUUUCUCGGUACCUUCUCAAAAUCCCGUCGUUCCCAACUCUGUUUUUGUUACUGCCACUUAUAAUCGUUUUCAAUUCAAAAUUCAACUAAAAAUAUGUUGAAAUUUCGUAUCAAGAUUCUCCAUCAUCUUUCCGUUGCCGCAAAAGAGGAUCUCAAUCCCAUUACCGAGUACCCUUCAAAUCAGAAAUCGCCCCUAGUUAAUCCCUCAAAGUUUGAUGUCAAGAACAAUACCAAGUUUCCGGAUAAUCCUUCUGUCACCGGAAAGGAUGAUGAAAGCGAUACUCAACAACCACCUCGACACCCACAGUUCGGCCAGCAAAGAACAAACAAAAGAAGCGGCGGUUCUCGGUUGUACUUACGAGGGAAGAGAUUGAAGAUGAUAUCGCCGCAAUCGAAGCCUUGGCAGGCGGCAAGCGAUUACGAAGGCCCAAGAACCGAGACCCACCUUGUAACAGAACCGAUUGAAGGCACCUUGAUCAUUUGUUUCCAGGGUUACGGAAUUGAAAACUCUCAUCAAAUUAUUUUAUUUGCUCACAAGCACUGGUUAGCUUUGUACUGCUGCAGGAAUUUCAUGUGCACUGAGUGCAUGUUUAUCCAACAUGAGCCAUUUUCAUUCCUUAACUCAGUAAUGACUACUGCAGGGGGAUGUUUAGAUUUGCUUUCCAUCUUCUGUUAUUUAGUGUUGAAGGAUUGAUAGGAGAGCUAGAAAUAGGGGCAUACCUUAAUAUGCAAGACAAACCAUAAUUCGGUAUUGGUCUUGUAUGGCCAAGCCUUGGUUGUCCUUCCCUUAUCCAAUUUUUUUUUCUAUACUAAAGUUUUCCUUGCUGUAAUGGGGAUCUUGUCUGGCGAUGACAUUGGUUGUCACUUGGUGUAAAAGGACUAGGGUGACUAUGUUGGUGGAUUGCUGGAUUUGUUUUCGUUUUUGGUUGGUAUCAAAAUUGACAGGACUGGUAGGGUAUGGUGGUUGUCAAAAGUUGAACAAAAUCCUCAUUCUGGAGUCGGCAUAGCCGUGAGACAUUAUCAAAUGAGCAGAUUGAUAUUAUUGAGUUUAAUGAUGAUAACAAUGCAUAUCCUUAAUCGUCUUUCUUUACACUAGAAUGAAGUAAAUAAGACGUGUAUACACCUGCUUUCGAGCUUGAUAUCUUGCUGCUGAUUCUCUGUUCUUUAUCAUUCUCCUUUGCUGCCUCUCGGCAACCUUCUCCACAGCAGUGCAUUUCCUACCCCUCGAAAUUCCUUGAACACAUAAGGAACUGGCGAGACUGAGGAAGUAUCUGCACUACUCUUCCCUAUCCCAUCUAAUGAGAAGUGGUUAGCAGGUGAUCCAGCUGCAAUGCUGACAGGCCCUCCUAAAUCAACCAUCCCCGUCUUUCCACCCUGAAUAAGACCAUUACUUAGUCCCUGGCCCCCCAUCUCACUAAUUCCCCCUCUACUUCCAGGACUCCCCAACUGACCACCACUUUGUAAAGGCAUCUGACAUCCAAAUCCUACAGCAGGUAAAGUGGUGCUGGUGGUUAUGUUGAGUUUGCUGCUGAAUUAACUGGUGCUGGUUUGAUUUAACCCCAUUAACAUUCAAAGGCAAAUUGGAAGCCUGAAAACCAGUUUGAUUACUACCUUGAGAAAGGCUAUUCCGCACCCGGUGAUGGUAUGCUUAAAUUGCUGCUACAUAGCUGCCUUACGAGCCCUUGGAGGUACCUCCAUCAAGCUGCUGUUGAGUGCAUCAAAGUCAGGGGUAUGCUGAUAGGGUGAUGGUAUGCUUAAAUUGCUGCUUCAGAAUGGAUGCACAAGGUUUCUUUUAACUAUUGAAUCUGAUUUUGCAAUUGCUUUGUUGUGGACUAUUGACAAAUCUAAAAGACCCUGGACGGUUUGGGAUAUUCAAUAAAUGUGAAGUUUGAAUCUUGCAUUUUAACCCUUUUUGCUUAUUUUCAGAUUGUAGGUUAAAGACCUAAUUUGUACAAAGUUGUAAGAAUGGCCUUACAUUUUCUUAUUUCAAUUGUCUUAAAAUUUUAGUUUAGAACUUCUGGUUUUUAGUUUCAAUUUGUUACAGCUUUUAAAAGAUUCAACAUUGUUUCAAGAAAUGUUUUUGUAGCUGGAACCAUAUUAUGUUGUUCUUUCAAUCAAUGGCCAAAACAAGAUGCUGUUUGGGGAUUUGUUUUACUCUAGCUUUCCUAAUGCUAUAUUGUAUGUUGGUGUGGCAUUUAUCAUCUUAAAUGCAGAACUAGGAGGAUAGACUGAAUCUUAUACACCGGCUUAGAAUCUGAUAUUCAUUUUUAGUGCCUCUUAAUUUGAAAAUGAAGAUGAUGCCUUUGUUUCUUCCACCUAUUUUUAUUUAUUUAUGACAUGACAUUUGUUCGACAAUGGGUUGGGAUUUUUUUGAGUUUGGGUAAUUUCAUGUUUAAGUUGCUUCAGGUUCAGAUUAUGCAUAUGAAAUAUCAAUGUUAAAUACUUUUUACUUAAUUAAUAUAAGUUGUUUGUAAAAUCUAAUUUGAAUAAAUAAAUCAUAUUUUAUUUUGAUUAUAAAUAAAUAUAAUAAAUAAAUUACAAUAUUUUGAUAAUAUUAUGAUAUAUUAAAUACAUUUAUGCGGAUGGUACAAAUUAUUUGUAUAUUUUAAUUUUAAUAUACAAGAGAACUAUGGAGAUCUGAGAUGUGUAUUUUGUUAAAUUUGAUAAGGAAUUGGCUUAGGGUGGGUUGAAACGUGAUUCCUUUUUCAAAUCAUGGUGGUAGCUCUGUGAGGAUGUUAAGUUUCCUGAGUGUUGAGGUUCUUAUAUGCUGCUACUUCUUGUCUGUUUCUUUUCUGGUUUGGAUUUGUGUGUAUGUUUUAUCCAGUCUUUAACUUUAUGUGUUUUUAAGGUGAACAUCCGAGCUGGUUAUGGUUCCUUUUGUGUGUUUUUUCUUUAAGUGUGUUCUGUUUUGGGUUGUUAUAUUUGGUUGUAUUUGAUUUUGUAACCCUUUUGAGGGUCUUAAUAAAAUAUAUUAUUAUGUGCUUAGUUUAAACAUAUGCAUCAGAGAGGCUCACUAUUUUACAUGGCGUAAAUUUUGCUAUUAGUUGGUAUUAACGAUAAUAUGCUGUCUGUUGAUGUUGUGAGCUGCAUUGACUGGCUCGAAUAUGCUAUGAGGUUGCUUGAGAAGAAUGUCUUCACGAGGUUGCUAGUCUUGGUUUGGUAUCUAUGGAAUGUGCGGUCUUAAAGGGUCAGUGGCACGGGACUAUGUGUCGAGACUUUCAGAUCCAUAGGCCUAUGGUUCUAAGGGUGCUGCAAACGAUGCAAUGGCGACCCCCGCAAGGUCACGCCUUGAAGCUGAUUGCACAACAGAUUGGAGGAGUGGUUGAUCCCACUUAGGCGGAAGCCCAUGCUAUAGUUGCAGGGCUUUAGACAUGUAAUUUUGGGAAGCAGUUGUAUUUUGCUAGUCUCUAAACUUAAUUCAACUUAGUUAUUUUGUUUUGGAAUUGUCUUCAUGUUAAAUGGGACCAACAUAGCCCUAUAAGUUGGCCUAAAUUUGGCUUUAGCUUAGCUUAGAUCAGGUCCUCGUCUGGCACAGCAAACACAUAAGUUAAUUCAUUAGAAGUCCAGAAACUAUGACCCAAAUUAUAAAUUGAUCCAAAUUUCAAAAUGUUCUAUUUUCUCAAGAUUCAAUAAUGUAUCAAUGAAUUCCUUUUGUUAGCCAA